AUGGGUGAUAUUCAAGAAAUAUUGUCAGUUUCAUCAUCUUCGUCUUCUUCAUCAUCCUCGUUGUCGCUAUCAACAGCACAGCCUAAAGGGAAUUCAUUGCCAACAGAUGCGGAGUUUUGGAUGAUUGGAGAAGAGAGAGCUCAUGAGAUACUAAGCACUAUCCAGCCUAUCAUUGUUUCAGACAGAAGUAGGAAUGAAAUCAUUAAUUAUGUACAAACUCUAAUCAAGAGUCACGAUGGAAUCGAGGUCUUUUCAUUUGGUUCAGUGCCACUGAAAACGUAUCUCCCAGACGGAGAUAUCGAUCUGACGGUCCUAACUAAGCAAAAUAUGGAGGAUCAGUUCUUUGAAAAAUUGUACAACACGCUUAAAAGCGAAGAAGAAGGGGAAUCUAAAUUCCAUGUUACUGAUGUUCAAUAUAUCCCUGCACAGGUCAAGGUCAUAAAAUGCAACAUCAGGAACAUUGCUGUGGAUAUCUCCUUUAAUCAAACAGCGGGUCUCCGUGCUUUAUGUUUUCUGGAACAGGUUGACCAACUCUUUAGGAGAGAUCAUCUUUUCAAGCGUAGCAUCAUCUUAACUAAAGCUUGGUGCUAUUACGAGAGUCGAAUUCUUGGUGCUAACACUGGAUUGUUCUCAACAUACGCAUUGGCGAUACUAGUCUUGUACAUCAUCAACCUAUUUCAUUCAUCAUUACCCGGUCCUUUAGCGGUUCUGUAUAAGUUCUUGGAUUACUAUGGCUCAUUUGAUUGGAGCAACUACUGUAUCAGUGUCAAUGGUCCUGUGCCAAUAUCAUCCCUUCCAGAACUUAUUGCUUCUCCAAAAAAUGGGCAUGAGUUAUUGCUUGACGAGAAGUUUGUCAGGGACUGUGUAGAGUUAUAUUCUGCUCCAAGUAAAGCUGUUGAAGCAAAUGGUCCUGAGUUUCCUAUCAGGCCUUUCAACAUAGUUGAUCCUCUUAAGCACAGCAACAACCUUGGAAGAAGUGUUACAAAAGGAAAUUUCCGCCGAAUCAUACAUGCUUUUACACUUGGAGCUCGAAAGCUCAGAGAUGUUCUUUCACUACCUGGUGAAACCAUGGGAUGGAGACUGGAGAAAUUCUUUCGCAAUUCCUUGGAGAGGAAUGGUAAGGGACAAAGACAAGAUGUGAAUGAUCCCAUUACUGCUUUUGGUACUGGAAGGUCUGAAUUAUCUGAACUCAGUGGGGAUAUUCAAGUUUACUUGGAAAGACUUGUGUACGGGCAAAUGUAUCACAGCUUACCUGGAACAUUUCAAAGUGCUUGGGAUGUUGUCCGUCGCCUUGUGAGUUGCCGAGAGAAUGAGUUUCAUCUAAGAGGUCUGAAUGGAUCAACAUCAAUCCAGCCUUUGCUUCUGGAGUCUUUAACUAAUGGCUGUUCAAACAUGGGGAACACGAGAGGAACAGGAACUUAUAUUCCUGACAUGAGUCAGCAGUUAUACUCUGACAGGUUCAGAGACUCGGGUACUGGAAACUCAUCGACUCAUGAUGUAGAAGCUUCCGCUGAGGCAAUAGAUGAUGAUGUGUCUGCUUCUUGUGCCAGUGUUAAAGGAGAAGAAUGUGUGAAACCAGAGACUUGUGGUAACUCAGAUGAGCCUGUGUUGAAAUCUCCAAGAUCAGGGAAUUUGGAGAUUGAUAACAACUGCCAAUCUUUAUCACCAGAAAGCCUAGUUGAAGAUUCUAUAUCGUCAAGCACUUUGGGAAUGGAAAAUGGCAAGGAGAAGGAGAGCAAUUCCUCCCAAAUGGUGAACGGUUCUUGA